AGAGGCACCUGAUGAAUGAAAGCUCCGCCUCCGCGCCUUUAAGAGAGCGGCGGGUUAUCUUCCUCGACCACUUGAAGCCCCGAAGGCGGCUCGCUAAAGGCGGGAGCGCCGCAAUGGAAGGAGAUCGACUCACGCUCCGCUCCCUCUUGCCGCCCAGGCUUCUCCUCUCGUCCUUCGCGCGCGCAACAUGACUUUCCGCGGGCUUUAUGGGGGGCGGCUCAACUCCACUCCGUUCGCCAUGGCCACCCUCGACGACGCUGGGAGCCGGGACAAAGGCAACGGCAGCGGGACCUUCGCGGAGCAAUGCGCCUCCGUCUCGGUGGCUUUCCCUUUGACCAUGAUGAUCACGGGCAUGGUGGGCAACGGCCUGGCCAUGCUGCUAGCCUACCGAGCUUACCAGAAGAAGGAGAACCAGCGGAAGAGGCCGUUCUUGCUGUGCAUUGGUUCUCUGGCCCUGACGGACCUUGCCGGGCAGCUGCUGACCAGCCCCGUGGUCAUCACAGUAUACUUGGCCAAUCGGAAAUGGCACGCGGUGGACACUUCCCAGAACCUGUGUGUCUUUUUUGGCUUGACCAUGACCGUUUUUGGUCUUUGCCCUCUCUUCAUUGCAAGUGCCAUGGCCGUGGAAAGGGCCCUGGCCAUCCAGGCCCCCCACUGGUACACAGGCCACAUGAAGACCAAGUUGACCAAGAUGGUGCUACUUUGUGUGUGGCUGACUAGUUUUGCCUUUGCCCUCUUGCCCAUGAUGGGCAUUGGGGAGUAUACACUUCAGUGGCCGGGCACUUGGUGCUUCAUCAGUAUAAAGGAUCAUGAAAAUGCUAGGGUGGACAAUGCUGUUUUUGCUUCUACGUUUGCUUUCUUGGGACUCUUUUCCCUCACUGUUACUUUGGCAUGCAACAUGGCAACCAUAAUUUCACUGGUGUGUCGCUGCUGGUCCAAGAGCUCAACAUCCCGAUCAAGGAAGCAGUGGGGCAGGAUUACCAUGGAAACCUUUAUCCAGUUGCUCGGAAUCAUGUGUGUCCUUCUUGCUUGUUGGUCCCCACUUUUGGUGACAAUGUUGAAAGUGACUUUUAACCCCAACCCAAUGAAUCAAUGCAGAGAAUCCUGUAACCAAACCCAAAGUACAGAACAGCAGCCAGAAUGCAAUUUCUCCUUAGCCCAUAUCCGCUUGGCUUCACUGAAUCAGAUCCUGGACCCCUGGGUUUAUUUGCUGCUUAGGAAGAUCUUCGUGCAGAAGUUUUGUCAGGUAGCCCGGGCCAUUUCAUGCUACUCUCAGGACAAAUGGAAAGGGCAACAUAUCAUUUUACCCAACAAAAUCAGACGUACAACAGUUUGAAUCAACUUUCAUAUCAGUACUUUCUUUUAGCUCAAGUGUUUUCCUUACUGUGAAUCUGGGCAUCCAGCACAUUUCCAUUUGUGUCUGUAAAUUAAUUACGGGGAAGUUAAGGUUAAGUGGAGUUCUUUUUUUAAUUCACUAAUUUAAAUUUAUCUAAGUGUUUAUUUUGUUUCGUUCAUUUCGUUUAUUGGUUUUGUAUGCCACCCACUCCCGAAGGACUCUGGGCGGCUCACAAUGAAACGGGGGAGGGGAUA